CUCAUCUUCCCCUCAAGGAAUAUCUCCUCCCCUAAACACUCAUCCACCAUGCCGGUCGAACACAGCCUCUUUCAAUUUCUCGCCAAAGCCCUCCAGACCCAUCACCGCUUCCUGGCUGGCCGGCUCUCGCGCGCCGAAGCCCCAAUCUACGUCAUCGGCAACCCCUCCGCCGACCUGGACUCGAUCAUCUCCGCCAUCGUCUAUGCCUCCUUCGCCCAUCCCCGCCCUCACGUUCCCCUAAUCAACCUGCCCUCCGUCCCCGCCGGUCCGGAACUGCGCCGUCUGCGACCCGAGUUCGUCAAAACACUCUGGCUCGCCACCCCCCCCCCCGCCCCCGACGACCAAACAUGGGCCGACACGCCCGAAUCCGCCGGUCCCCUACUCCACGACCACCUCCUCACCGUCGCCGACUUUGCCUCCCACCUCGAACAAACCCCUAACCACCCUCUAUCCGCCGACGCCGUCCUCGUCGACUGGAACGCCCUCCCCAUCCGCUCCCCCUCCCACGCCCGCGGCCAGGGCUCCCUCCCCGCCCUCCCAUCCCUCACCUUCACCGUCCUCGGCUGCAUCGACCACCACAUCGACGAGAACUUCCUCGCCCCCAUCACCGACCCCGACCAGCCCAUCCUCAUCCAACCCUCCGGCUCCUGUACUUCCCUGGUAGUGAACAUGCUGGACAAAAUGGACCGCUGGCGCCGCACCACCACCGACCCCAACCCCACCUCCCCCGAACGCCAACUCGCCAAACUCGCCAUGAGCCCCAUCCUCAUCGACACGAGCAACUUCACCGCUAAAGAAAAAGUUACCGACGCGGAUACCUUAGCGUAUAGUUUCCUGCGCUCGAAAAUCAAUGCCGGACCCCAUGAUGAUGCGGAGACACCCUGGGAUCGGAAUUCGUUCUAUGAGGAGAUAAAUACGGCGAAACGGAAUAGUCUCGAUUUGUUGACGGUCGAGGAGGUCUUGGAUAGGGAUUAUAAGCAGUGGACGGAGUCCCCGGGAAGUGAAUCCCAGAAGGAGGAAGUAGAGAUCGGGAUCUGCUCCAUGGUGCGGUCAUCACCAUGGGUAGUUCGCAAAGCAGGCAGCCCCGAGUCAUUCCUCGAUACAUUGGCAGAAUUCGCCAACCAAAAGGAACUGCAAAUCGUGAUGGUCAUGACGGCCUUUACUACCGGACCGGAAAGCCAAUUCCAUCGCGAGCUAUUAAUCCUAGCAAAGGAGGGCACCGGAGUCCGCGGUGUAGAGGCAUUUAUAGACCGAGCGGGAGCAGAAUUAGGGUUAGAGGAAUGGAAAGUUCUAGAGGGGGAAGAGGGCGCUGAGCUACGAGAGGCCGAUUGCACCGAUCCGACCCUGCGAAAGUGGAUCUGGGUCCAGGGCGAUGUCACGAAGAGUCGGAAACAGGUGGCGCCAUUGAUUAGGGAGGCGGUGGGGGCGCUUUGAGUAUACCUUAUACCUUAUAUCUUCUAUCUUCAUAUAUAGUAUAUAUAUCGCAGAGUAGAUAAAGUAAAUUGUAUCUAGAAGCUAGAACAGACUAGAUAUUAUCAAGAAGAAAGCAAGACAAGGUACUAGGUAAGU